AUGAAGCACACAAUCUCUGUUGCGCUGCGGGCAGCACAGACAACAAUAUCAACGUCGACAAUCCCUCAAUCCACAACACAAAGCUCAACUACUUCCAGUGCAACGACAACGCGCUCCCCUAUUGCUGUGUCCGCUAGCUUGUCAGGGAGUGCUGUGGGGGGGAUCGUUGCUGGAGGCGUUAUAGGUUUGGCAGCUAUCGUUGUCCUAAUUUGUCUUGUUCUGCGUUGUCGAAAGGUGGAGAAAAGAGAAUAUGAUGCCCGGAAAGCUGAACCUACCGAUCUUACAUCACUUGUCCCUGAAACUUUCCCACAAGUUCCGGGAUGGACGAGGCAGAGGCAAAUUGCUGAGUUGCCUGGUGACUAUCCACUUCCAAGAAGUCAUAAUCCAACGCCUAUCACGCCAGACAGAAUUGUGGGAAUUGAUAAGAAUGAUUACCUUAGGAAUUCUCCCCCCCAAUCCUAUAAUGAACGGCCGGGGCUUGUAGCGACUCCUGCAUUCCUCCCUGUGGAUAUCAACGUCGUCCGGUGCCUAAAUGAAACCAUAAAAACACCCACAACAACGAUAAAAACACCUGUUAGGACUUUCAAACCCUCGGAUGUUGAAUAUGGCCCGAACCCUGUUAUAUACGCGCACAUGUGCGACCCCACUCGCUCUCCAACGUCCCUUCCGUUAUAUUCGAGAAGCCCUUACUUGGAGCCUCCUGAGGGAAUCGUCGAGAGUACCUCGAUUUUAAGGCGAGGCUACGAUCAUGAAGAGAUAGAGCGGAAUAGCAAAUUUGUCGAGAAUCCAGAGCAACCCUGCUUCGGGGACCCAAGCACAGAUUUGUUGGUAUUAACGGGUUUAAUGCCCGCGGACUCGUCAUCAAUAGUAGAAUAUCUCUCGAAUAUGCCCACAGAUGCUUUAGAAGCAAUGGAUUACACUCCAGGCCCUGAAUCUAAUGCUUCUGUAUCUACUACAUGUCCUAGCCCUCGUCUUAGUCCUGGAGACAUGGACUCUAGCCCUGACUCUCGAUCUACACCGAAUUCAUCUUCGCAUAAUAGCACGCCCGGUACGGCGAUAACAAAUCUGACAACUCCAUCGAGCACUCCUCUAGAUGCUUCUGGGGUUUCAUACAGUUGUACAGAGUGUACCCUCAAAUUCCGAACCUCCGGUCAACGAAAGUAA